AAUUCCGCUUCCAGUUGUUGCUCCACAAGUGUCAUUGUAAGCAACAGGAUUGUUGUUAGUAAUGAGAGGGCUAAUUUGAACUUCACUCGUUAGUUAAACGUCCACAUAUUAGUCAGGCGUGAAGCAAAUUAACCUAAACUGACAAAGUUUUUGCUAAACUUGCUAGCUGUUGCGUGUUGUGCUGUUUUCAUAUAUCACCCCAUGUUCAUUGCAGUUUAAAAACAAGUAAAAAAUGGCAAACCUAGAGCAAUGGGUGAGCGACAGUCUGCACGACAUCCUCGCCCUUAGUGACAGAUAUGUCGCCCAGUUCAUGAUCGGCUCUGCGCGUAAAUCCUUGAGCGCUCAAGACUUUGUGGCCCACCUCAAGUCGAUGGGCACCAUCGACAUUAAUCAGAGAGUGAUCGCCUUUGCACAGGAACUGUAUGAAAAGAUUCCUCGUAAACAAGUCGUUGAAAAGCCAGCCAGAGCGAUAGAGCGACGUGUCAUGGAGAUUGAGAGGAAGAAUCGAAAUUACACCCUACUGUCGGACAGCGAGAGUGACGGAGAGGCGGUGAGGGAGAAGGAGAAGAAGAAAAGUAAAGACCGAGGCGAUAAGAGGAAGCACCUCAGGAAAAGGGAGGAGAGUCAAUCAUCUAGUGAAGAGGAGACCCGUAAAAGCUGCUACUCCUCUUUUCUAAAAGGCCCUUCAUCUUUCUCAGUAGUAAGCUGGGCCAUGGCGACCAGAAGUCCAGUAAGAAGGAUGAAGAGGAGGAGGCAUCUCUCGUACACUAAGGCUCCUGAGGCAGACUACCUGGAGGCCUGUGUUGUGUCGGUGCUACAGAUCUACGUCACACAGCCCCCCGGAGACUGUCUGGUCUUCCUCACUGGACAGGAGGAGAUCGAGACUUGCUGUGAGCUGCUGCAGGAGAGAUGCAGGCGUCUGGGCUCUAAGAUAUCUGAGCUCCUGGUGCUUCCCAUCUACGCCAACCUACCUUCCGACAUGCAGGCCAAGAUCUUCAGCCCCACACCACCUGGCUCACGCAAGGUGGUGGUGGCCACUAACAUUGCAGAGACCUCUCUAACCAUCGAUGGGAUCAUAUACGUCAUAGAUCCAGGCUUCUGCAAGCAGAAGAGCUAUAACGCCCGCACUGGGAUGGAGUCUCUGAUUGUCACGCCUUGCUCAAGGGCCUCAGCCAAUCAGCGAGCAGGUCGUGCAGGCAGAGUGGCUGCUGGGAAGUGUUUCCGUCUCUACACUGCGUGGGCGUUUAAACACGAGAUGGAGGAGUCCACCGUGCCCGAGAUCCAGCGAACCGACCUGGGCAACGUAGUGCUACUGCUCAAGAGCUUGGGAAUUAAUGACCUUAUCCACUUUGACUUCAUGGACCCGCCCCCUCACGAGACCCUGGUGUUAGCUCUGGAGCAGCUGUACGCACUGGAUGCACUCAACCACCUCGGAGAGCUCACCAAGUUGGGCCGCAGGAUGGCUGAGCUGCCGGUGGACCCUAUGCUGAGCAAGAUGAUCCUGGCCUCAGAACAGUAUAAGUGUUCUGAGGAGGUUUUGACCAUUGCUGCUAUGCUGUCUGUGAACAACUCCAUCUUCUACCGGCCCAAAGACAAGGUGGUUCACGCUGACAACGCCAGGCAGAACUUUGUGGUCCCCGGAGGAGACCAUAUGGUGCUGCUCAACGUCUACACACAGUGGCUGGAGAGUGGCUACUCCACCCAGUGGUGCUAUGAGAACUUCAUCCAGUUCCGCUCCAUGAAGCGGGCGCGGGAUGUCAGGGAGGGCCUGAUGGACAGGAUCGAGGUGGAGGUGUGCAGCUCAGGCGGCGACAUUGUGCCCAUCCGCAAGGCAGUGACGGCGGGGUACUUCUACCACACGGCGCGGCUUAGCAAGGGGGGCUACAAGACGGUGAAGCACCAGCAGACAGUCUACGUCCACCCCAACAGCUCCCUGUUCGAGGAGCAGCCCCGUUGGCUCAUCUACCACGAGCUGGUCUUCACUACCAAGGAGUUCAUGAGACAGGUGAUUGAGAUAGACAGCAGCUGGCUGCUGGAGGUGGCUCCCCACUACUACAAGAACAAGGAGCUGGAGGACAGCAGCAGUAAGAAGAUGCCUCGCAAACAGGGCAAGGCCAAGGAAGAGCUGGGCUAAGGACAGGAACUAGAAAAGACUCCGAUACUUUCUCCCCUCAGAGAUAAGACAGCCAAGCAGGGCUGCCAUAAGGAACAGAGAUUUUUUUUUUUUUACUUUGAGGCCCUUGAGCCAAAAAAAAAAGGUACUGGAUAAAAACUUGCAUGGUUGUGGGCUUAUUUAUCAUAAACCACCUAUCGGAGCUAGACGAGCUUGAUGAUAAGGAAAUGUUAUGCACUUGGACUGUCAGUUUCCUGUGUCUGGUAUGAUGCAGGGUCCAGGGUGAAGUUUCCCCAAAGUACAGAUCUAGGAUCAGCUUCCCCUCCCCAUGUCCUAACCAUUAGGGGGGAUGCAAAACUGAACCAAUUAUCAGUGUCUAGGUGUAACUUCACCCUGCUCCAUGAUGCAGAAACAAGCAGCAAGACAGAUGAAAACAAAUGGCUACUGCUUUGUAUGUAAUGGCCAAUGACCAGCAGAGAGUUAGCAUAUUUACUUUCCCUAAAUAGUUCACUUUUUUUGCCCAAUGUCUGGAUGUUGUUGGGGUUGUACAUGUAUUUUCUUGUCCCAAUUUACACCUAACAGACGGACAGCCAACAAUGCUGUGUGUAUUUGACUCCAGUAUGGUUCCACUAUCUCUUUCAUUUUCUAUUGGAAUAAACUUUUUUACAGGCA